UGCAGGCGUCCAGCACGCGCCCGGAGUGCAGCAUCAUGCAGGAGAUCGAGGAGGAGCGCAGCCAGUGCCUGGCAGAGCUGCCCUGGGACAACCAGACCUCAGGCUGCAGGAGGCAGUGGGACAACAUCACGUGCUGGCCUGAAGCAGAGGUGGGAGAAGUUGUGGUACGGCCGUGCCCCAAGUACUUCAGAUUCCUGACCUCCUUCCUGGGGAAUGUGACCAGGAACUGUACAAGCCAGGGCUGGUCUGAUGUGUACCCUGCACCCUACGCUGUAGCUUGUGGAUAUGAUUCCAACAGCACUCCAGGGGAAGAGCAAACAGCAUUCUACGGAACGGUCAAAACCGGCUACACCAUCGGCCACACCUUAUCCCUCAUCGCCCUCACGGCUGCCAUGAUCAUUCUGUGUCUCUUCAGAAAACUACACUGUACUCGAAAUUACAUUCACAUGCACCUCUUCAUGUCCUUCAUCAUGAGAGCCAUCGCAGUCUUCAUAAAGGAUGUCAUCCUGUUUGAAAGUGGGGAGUCCGAGCACUGCUUCGUGAGCUCAGUGGGCUGCAAGGCCAUGAUGGUUUUCUUCCAGUACUGUGUCAUGGCCAACUUCUUCUGGCUGCUGGUGGAGGGGUUGUACCUUCACACCCUGCUGGUCAUCUCCUUCUUCUCGGAGAGGAAGUAUUUCUGGUGGUACAUCCUGAUCGGCUGGGGUGCCCCCUCCGUGUUCAUCACUGCCUGGACUAUAGUCAGGAUUUACUUUUUCGAUGUUGGGUGCUGGGAGGAAAUAGUGGAAUCCCCAUUCUGGUGGAUCAUUAAAACUCCUAUUUUGGUGUCUAUUUUGGUGAAUUUCAUCCUCUUCAUCUGCAUCAUCCGUAUCUUAGUCCAGAAGCUGCAUUCCCCAGAUGUUGGGCACAAUGAGACCAGCCAAUAUUCGAGGCUGGCCAAGUCCACCCUGCUGCUGAUCCCUCUCUUUGGCAUUCACUACAUCAUGUUUGCUUUCUUCCCUGACAACUUCAAAGCAGAAGUGAAGCUGGUCUUUGAGCUCGUGGUUGGGUCAUUCCAGGGAUUUGUGGUGGCUGUUCUGUACUGCUUUCUCAAUGGAGAGGUGCAAGCUGAGCUCAAGAGGAAGUGGCGGAGGUGGCACCUGGAGCGGUUCCUGGGCUCGGACAUGAAGUACCACCACCCUUCCCUGGGCAGCAACGGCACCAACUUCAGCACCCAGAUCUCCAUGCUGACCAAGUGCUCGCCAAAGACGCGCCGCUGCUCCGGCUUCCAGGCCGAGUUCUCUCUGGUGUGAUGGGGAGAGGCUCCCCAGGCACUGAGAGUCCAAAACUGAGACACGAGGAUCCCUGGGAACCAGUGAUCCCCUGACAAAUCCCUGUGAAAUGACCUGCUCCACAUGAGCCAACAGAGGACAUGCAACUGGAAAAGCCGCUGGCGUCCAGAGUGAGAUCGGACAAGCCAAGAGGCAGAGAAACGCUUUUGUUCUCCCUCUUUUCAGGCCUUUUGCUCUUCAGUUUCAAGCCCUCAGGGGUUGAUAGCUCUGGGGAAUUGUCCAAGUUGCUUGAGGACAGCCUGGGAGAUGCUGAUGUGUCAUAAAUAAUGAAGUACUGGGGGUAAGGGAGGGAGAGGCUCAGUCCUCAGUGGCUUUACCAGAACUGGCAUCUCUGAAAGAGACAAAUUGCACUUUUUAAAAAAAAAAGGAAAAAAAAAAAAAAAGAAAGCCAGUAAAGGAAAGACAGAGGCAGGAAUCAGGAAAAAAGAAAAAAAAAAAACAAACAUAUGAAUGUGCCAAAAUUCCUGUGGAUAAGAGUUGAUGAUACAGCACUAAGAUGGUGCUGGGGACACGGGGAGAAGGGACAGGAAGAACAUGAGCAGGAAGGGAGAAGCCAGCCCACGGCCCCCAACUUUUACACAGGUGGAGAUGAAGCUGCAGCACCAGGAAAGCCCCUUGGAGGAUGUCCUGGUGUGUUCUGCUAAUUCCCCACCACCCUUGGGAGCAGAAGCUUUCCAGGCACCCUUGGGGCCCUGAGGAAGGGCAGAUCACUGAGAAGGACCAGCGUGAGGAUGCCCUUCUCUGCACUGGUGUUUUGCUUGGUUGUGUUCCAUGAACAGGAAACUCAAUUUGCAUGUAUAAAAACCAGGGCCAGGUGCCAAAAAGAGGAGCAUGGCUGUGGUUUUGUUUUUUUUCUCUUUAAGUUCUCCCAUAGAUCUUGGUGCAUGGAUGCACGCAGGAUCGUUAGGGAUCAGGGGGAAAUAAUUGGGCUGUAAUUCAUUCGCACUUGCACUGUCAGGAAAGGGAGAUACAGGGCCCUGUAAUCCUCUAAUUGAAUCAGAGCUGCCAUAAGGAGCCACCCUCCAGAUGAAAAAAAUUAGCGUGACAGCAGCAGGUAACAUUUCUGUCAUCAGAACAGGGUUGUCUCAGCACACAACUGGCACUCCAGGAGGGAGGAAGGAGUGAAGGAACAUUAAAAGGAUUUCUUCUUCAGCUUUUGUGGGGAGCUUUCAUGCUAUAUGAAGGCACUGUUAGAUGUUUUAAGAUGUGUUGUGCUAAUUCCCCACCAUCCUUGGACAUGUGCAUUUUACCUCUUUUCUGAGGGCCUGUUAGUUCCCAUACGGGCAAUUCCUACUUGAGGAAUGCACAUGGAUCCCAUUAAAACCAAGGGAGUAGGGUUUUUUAAUUCUCGUUUUCAUGGUGCAAAGGCAAAGGAGAAAGGUUAAAGGCAGUCCUGCUCAUUUGAGGCAACCCCACGGUCCCAAACUCAGUCAGAAGACAGAAAAAUCACGGAUACAGAUGCUCAUGUUUGUGUCUCACUCAAAUGCAUCAAGUGGGGUUGAAAAAGUUUUAUGCUGAGAGUGGGAUAUCCCUGCCCAGAUCAUGUGUAUCCUCAGAAACUGGGCUGCUGCCACCCUGCUAAAAGGUAUCCUCGUGAAGGAGUGUCUGGGUCACCAACACAGGCACCUGGAGAGGGAGCUGGGCUCCCCUUGUGGAGCUCAGAGAUCUCAGCUUACCAGAUUUAUUUCUCCACAGUGCAAUGCAGUUCAUUGGAGGGAAGCAGCUGCAGCCUGGUGGGGCUGGGGGCCAUUUGCCCUAAGCAAGGGAUGCCAACAAACCACGCUGAGCCCAGGAGGAGACUUGCAGAUCCAGUUCCUCCCUGACUCCUGACAGUUCCAUGCCAUAACCAUCCCCAGAGCCUGUCACCAGCUGAGCUGGAUGCUUCCAAAGUAUUUCUCCAGGUGUGGGACUGAGAACAGCGUGAGGGGCUGGAGUCAAUGAAGGGCCUUGAGAAACUGUGAUUCACCAAGGGCAAACAUGCAGUCCUGAGUUUGCAGGGAGCCAGCUCAGAUCCUGUCACAGUGUAGCCAUGGCUACCCAGCCUGUAGGUCCUGAGAGGAUAGGAAGAUGUGAAAAUUCCUGGAAUUACAGUGCUGGUGACCCCAGGCUGGCCAGGUGUGAGCCAGAUUUGUUAUGGCUACUUUACACUGAGCCCACAUCAACAGUGAGGAUCCAGCUCUGCUGUGCCAUAAGAUCAUAAAAAGGCAGCUCCCUGAUUCCCAAAAUGCAGAGAAAACAAGAAGAUGCUCAAAAUAUCCCCACUUUUCUUGCAUUGAAGCCCUUAUGCCUUGACACCCCUGAAACUAUCCCAUUGAAAUCCAUGAGGUUCUCAGAGGCAAAAACCUUUUAAGUGGUCAUGGUCAAGAUUCAGGAAGAGUUUGGACAAUUCUCUCAGGCACUUGGUGUGAUUUUUCGGGUUGUUCUGUGCAGGACCAGGAGUCGGACUCGAUGAUCCUUGUGGUUCCCUUCUAACUCAGGAUAUUCUGUGAUUCUGUGAUUCUCUGUGUUUGGUGCUCGUGUUGCUCUGCUGAGAGCAGACCUGGAUUAGAACUCACCCAGGAAAUACUGGAGAAAUCCCAUCAGUACCAGCAGUUCUUCUCCUGUGCCUGGUUCAAAGCAAGGAUUUGACCUGCAUUUUUCCAGGUGCAUGACUAACUUCAAGGAAUCCCAGAAGAAGCAAGGGAAAAUUCUGUCUCAGCUUCCAAGUUGUUCCUCUUGGAGUAAAAUGCUUUGUCUCACUGGUUCAGAGUUUUGAAGCAGUGUCAGUCUGGGAAAGAUUGGAUUCAUCAGGCUGCAAAGCCAUUUUCCCCCUGUUCAUCUGUCACGGUAAAUCUUUGUACCCAACAAAACUGAUGGGCUGCAGAGGAGCACGGCCCAACCUUGCACUGAGGUGCCUGAGGUGUGAACUGCAAUUUCAGGUCCCAGAGAAGCAGCAGAGGAGCUGGAGCACAGAGCUGUGGAGCAGAAGUGCAGCACCAUUGCCAGCAGCCUCCUCUGUGGGAUGUGAGGGAAUCCCUUCCCAUCUGUUCCAGGCAGCCUUGCUGGGGGAAGGCCUGUGAGCCAUCAGCACUGAGACACAUCGAGCAUUUUCCCUCUGGUCUUCCCCUUCCCCUUCCUCUCCCCGUGCUCCCUUUCCCUCUCCAUUUGCAGGGCUUUCUGCUGCGUGUUUGCAGCUUCUCUUGUGUGCCAGCCCCGUGCUCACCCGUGCCAGCACCACCCUAUGCCAAAGACAGCCAGGAAAGGUUUGCCUUUUGGAGAUGUGACAGGGGGAAAACCCAGCUGGUUACUUGCUCUCCCCACAGGCUCCUCUGCAGCCUCUCAGAUUCCCCAGUGAGCUAUUCUGCACAGGAGCCUGAAGAUGGGAUGUUGCCUAAACUGAGGGACUCCUUCAAAAAGCAUGGAGUACAUCAGCAUGCCAGAACUGAGCCCCCAGGCACCCUACCCACAAUUAUUUCAUUACUGAACAUCCAGCCACGUCGCCCUCCUGCUCUCAGGGGGGCUUGGGGGACUAAAUGAGCGUGCUGAAUAUACCUGCUGUGCCAGGCAUGGCAAUGGCAGCCACACAGAGCUGCCAGCCCAGCUGCCUUGGCCUGGUGUUCCAGGAAAACAGAGGAGCUGGGGGUGAAGGCACAGCUUUUCACUCUGGGGACGUGAGCAAUCAAGUGAAUGAUGACAUUGGGCCCGGGCCCUAUUUAACCGGCUUAGCGCAGGAAUUUGGCUCCCUAACUUGGCCUUGUCUCCCCUGUUCCUCAUCCAACAUCAUUUCUCAUCAACAAAACACAAUCCAAGGAUUUCUCUGCAGAUGACAGCGUGGAGCAAGCUGUCCUGGCCCCAGUGUAACACAGAGCUGGCUCCAGCAGGGCAGCUGCACCCACGUGCGGCAUAACGGGAUCAGAGGUGUGCCUCUUACACGGUAUUAAAACUUCCUCUGCCUCUGCUAAAAGGCACAGAUAUGUUUGAGGAUCAUUAAUUUGGGCUGCAAAACUCUUCACAGAAGCAAAGCCAAAUUCUGGUCCUGCUUGCACCAAUCAGUUCACGGUGGCGACUCCUGAAUUACACCAGCACUAAACUGGGAUUUGCCUUCGAAAUAAUUCCUUUUUCUUCAUUCUGGAGCUGUUUACUCCUUUUUUACAUCAGGGAUAGAGUGAGCCCCUCCUGUUCUAUACCUCAGUGCUGGAAUUAUUGAAAAUUAUUAACAAGUAUAGAAUAAUUAAAAUAUAAAAAAUAAAUUAUUGUUUCAAGGUCUAGAGGUAUCAGGUUCAAUGCUAACAUUAGACUGUAGAUAUUUGUGUUCAGCUGCAACCUGUGUUGCUUUGUGACCCUCUCAAAAACAGCAAGAAAUGAGAAUAUGACCGUGUUUAGGGUUUAGAAAAGAAAUUCUGUUGCAGAAUUUUAGGGGCAUUAAAAUCAAGCAAGUUUUAAAAUCAGAGUUAUGUAUGCAGCAGCAGCAGCAUUACUGCAGUUGUGGAAUGAACAGGGGGAAAGGCUAGAAGACGAAAGAUCUGAGCAUUUUGUUUUAUUUUUGGUUUGUUUGGGGUUUUUUUGCUAGGAAACAAGUUUUAUUUUUCUCCAGGAAGGUGUUUCUGGAGAAAAGACAUUUUAUACAUCAACUAAUCAUCAGAUUUCCUUUUUCCUCUGCAUCCCACCGGGUUCCCAUUUGUCUCAAAAGCAAUGAGGGUCGUGUCUGUGCCACAAGGCUCCAUGGGCAGAGGGAUUAAACCCAAAUCUCUGCUCCAAUCUGAUGGAAAUUCCUUCAGGGAGAAAUGUACCUGCUGGUUAAUGAAAGAUUGGCCGUAGUUUUUCAAAAGCCAAGUGAAGUUCCAAAGAAAGCUCAGGAGUGAAUGAACACCACUUGGCUCCAUGGCAGGGAUUAAAGGGGUUUGGUGGGAUUCUUUUGUCUCCAUUCCUCCCAGCUUCAGCCCAGGGUUUAAACAAUGGGAGAGGAAAUAUGGGGAAAGGAAAUACGAAAUAAUUUCAGGCUAAAAGGGAAUCUCUCAAACUGGGAAAUGCCAACGUGUGUCUUCAUGAAGCUUAUCUUAUUCUGACCACACAGGUCCAUCUUGGUUUGAUAAACGGUGUGUGGAAAUCAGGAGCAAUGUCCCUUCUCUGGAAGGUGAAUCCAGCUGUAGCAGGAAAGCCCACAUAGAACAUUCCUCCCUCUGUGUCCCAGCUUCUGCUUUCAGGUUGGGUGUUUGGCCCAGCCCAGGUUCCCUCCCAGCCUUGUGCUUCCCCCCAUGGCAUCUCUGCACCCAUGAAUGUGCCAAACUCCAGGGGACAGAGAUUGCAAUCCUGAAUUCCCUGGCUCACAAUGCAAAUUUGCACUUUUCCCACCCCGAUGCUGAUGGGGCCAGCACCACAAAGCUGCUUCACUGGAGGUGAACCUUGAAGAGCAGGGGUCACACACACCCACAGCCAUCCAGAAUGACUCUGCUGGCAUCAUUCAGGCACUUAAACUGCUGUAAUAAGGAAAAGAUUCAAAUCCCAGACUGGCAUGUGGAGUCAGAUGUCCCAAAAUGUGGAUUUCAAUCCAUUGCCUUUCAGUCAGUCAGCUUUUCAUCCCCUCUCCAAACCCAGUAUUUGCAUAUCAGUCUGAUGAGGUUUAAUUGCAGUGACUGACCUUGUUAUUUCCCCUGGAGACCUGUGCAGAUGUAAAUGAUAGCUUUUAACAGGAGUUUCUUGGGAGCAUGGACCAUCUUUUCCAUCUCUUCCUGAAUGUCCUAACUUGCAUGAUGUUGUGCUAUAUCCUGAAGAGCCCUGGGUUUGAAAUUCUGGUCAUUUCUAUUUCUGUUAUUGUGAAAUCACAGGGGACAAAACAAGCAUUGGGACUGGAGGCUACAGGUCUGUAAGGAAAAUAAUGCCCACUGGUUUUCUGAGGGCCAGACCCUGGGAACACGCACAUUGGCAGCAGCAGAGCACCAGUGUUUUAUACCCAAGUUUUGUGGAUAUUGUUCCUUUGUACAUAGAGGAAAUCUGAAGAGCACAUUUAAAAGAAGAAAAAAAAAAUACAAAAAUAACACACACAUUUUUGAUACUCAGAUGACGAUGACGAUAAAUCGAGUUCUAAAAGGCGUUUUUGAACUCGAAAGUGCAUUUUUCAGAGCCUGUUUCAAACACCUCAAGCUGUGGGUCAGCAGCUGGUGCCAACUGACCCUUCUCAAGCUGCAAACACCUCUGCUCUGCCCUCCUGUAAAUAGGCUUUGACAGCAGAGGGUGGUGGGGACUGGCUGUGAGCAGAGAAUCUGUCUCUGUGGACUUCUCUGUACCAGGUGCUUGUGAUGUAUCCUCCAUGCCAGCGACAACAGGCCUGCUUGCUCAGCACAGGUGAAAUCUCUGCCUUGUCUCAUGGCCUUUUGCCUGAUGUUAUUUAUUUUUGGUCUGACUCUGUAUAUAUGCAAUGAAAUGGCUAUUUUUUAUUUUUAUUUUUUAUUUUAAUUUUUUUUUUCUUCUUUGUAUUUGGUUCGCCUCCUUGCUCCAGAGGGGGUUCUUCUCUGUGGUUGACACUGCUGAAAACAAGCAAUAAAACCAUUGUGAAGACA